AUGUGGUGGGGUCGCAGCUCAGACAAGAAGCCCGAGGAGUCGAAAGAGGCGACCAACAACGAGAAUGGCGCCAAGACUUUCGACCCCGAAAAGCUUCCCCCGAGGCAGAAGCUGCCAAAAGCCCUGCAGAACAUUAUCGACAAAUCCGACAAGGAGGAAAACUUCUUCGAUGAAUUAGUGGACGGGUACGCACCCGAGUCUACCGAGUCCAACGUUCGUUACAUGGCAUACGCCACGCGCGUCCGCACCAUCUUACUGUCUGCGCACCGAUACGUCGCCUACACCUCUGACAUUGGCGAGUCGUUUCGUCCUGUUGCGCAUCCCUAUCUUGUCCGUGGCGCAUAUGGUAUCUCAUGGCUGUACAUCCUAGGUGAUGUCAGUUACGAAGGUUACAAGGCGUACUGGGCGAACCAGCGCAUCCUGAACCCUCACCUCCAACUUACCGAGAGGCAAGCGAAGAUCACGGGAUUGCCGGAAGCCAUCUCAGAUGCCACACACCCCAGCCAGGUCGUCCCCGGUGGCAAGGUUGCGCCGUUGGACGACUACAGAACCGUCAUGGUACAGCGAGGAAUCUUCCAGAGCAUCGCUAGUAUGGGUCUGCCGGCCUUCACGAUCCACAGCGUAGUGCGCUACUCUGGCAGGGCGAUGAAGAACGUCAAGAACGCCAGGGUUAGAACCUGGGGCCCUAUUGGCCUUGGCCUGGCUGUCGUUCCCUUCCUGCCCAGCCUCUUUGACGAGCCUGUCGAGAACGCAGUGGAGUGGAUCUUCCACAAGGGCUUUGAGACAUAUGGCGGCAAGGAUGCCGUUGGUGACGCGCCCGCCACAGGCCGCGAAGACUUGUUGGCGAAGAGACCCAAGGAGAAGGAACUUUAG